AUGGAAAGGCCUUUCCCCCCCAAGUUCAAACAACCCAACCUGAAGUCUUUUGACGGGAGAGGGGCCCCUAGGCAGCAUAUUUGUAAUUUUAAGGCAUUUACUGGGGGCAUUGCCGGAAACGACGCUUUGAUGAUACGUCUUUUCGUAAGCACCCUCUGCGAGACUGCAUUCGAUUGGUAUGCCAGGUUGCCUGCUGGAACCAUAAACUCGUGGGCGGAUGAGGACGAAAAAUCCACCACAGGCCAGCUGUGUGCCACUAAGCAAGCGCACAAUGAUUCAGUCGAUUCCUUGGAUGGAGAGCCCACGCCUGAAGCUGGUGUGGGCUUGAAGCUUAAAACACUGGGGGAGCUCUUAGCCAUUGCCACGGAAACAGAGGCUGCCCUCAAAGAUCAUGAAAAAGAGAAGGGUGGUCGUAGAUCAGAAGAGGCGAGUCUUCUAAAACAAAAAAUAAAGAAUCAAUGGCGAUACAAAUCGCUGGACAGGAAAAAGCCCAACGCCCCUGCGCAAAAGAACGAAAACGGGGAUGAAAAGAAGCAGGCAAAGAAAAUCUCUCUCAAAGAACGACUCUCUAAAGUUGGGGAUUUCGAUGAAAGCAAGGUAGACGCCAUCUUUUGA